CAGACCUCGGGAUACCCAGAGGUUCUGUUUAUCGCGAGCUGUUUUUGGAUUUUUGGGUCUGCAGCCAAAAAUCCAAAAACAGCUCGCGAUAAACACGACCUCUGGGUGCCCAUAGGUCUGGUUAACGGAGUGGCACAGGGUCCAUUCCUGGACACAACGUCGGCCUGGGUGACGGGGAUACUGAAUCUACUUAACACGACCUUUGGCCAUGCAAAGGUCAUGUUAAGCGGUUUUUUUUCCCGGCAGGCUCAGGGAGUCCGCGACUCAGGGAGUACUCAUUUGCCCUUGCGCUCCUGUGUCCCUAUUCACGGGUCAGCACAACUUCGAGGCUGUAUGUUUGCAAUGUUAACGUUCGCCGAAUCCCGAUUCAGGAUUCUACUAGCCCUGGCACGGGCAGCACGGAAGUGUGGGUCUAAGAACUCUAAAUACGGAUGCACCUCGGUGCAUCAUUUUCGAGUAAGUGACGGAAAGGACGAGAGUUCUAUGGAAAGGGCUAGCAGAUCCCUGGUAAGCUAAUGCAAGGCGGCACGACUGGACCCGCAUUCAAGGCGGGGGUCGUGCCAUGGUUUUUCUUUCGAUUGGCUGGACCCAGUCUAGGUUGACUUUUGUAUCUUCCAUCAGGAGAAGGCUUUGUAUCUUCCAUCAGGAGAAGGUUUGCGCAGGCCUCGUUCUGUCUUUUAUGGGGAGCCGGCUUCUAUCAGUAGGGCUAGGAUGUUAUCGAGGCCCCUACCGGUGCCCGCGAAGUCUUUUCGUGGCAGUGGUCGUUUGCUUUGGGCAGACAGUGGCGCUGUCUCCAGUUUUGGUAUCUCAGGGUGUAUGCACGGCGUACAGGUUUUUCCCUGUUCCUGGGGGCCUAAGCAUGCUGUGGUGACAUAGGCCGGCUAGCUUUCCCUUUUCUUGUG